GUCUUUGUAGGACGAAACAGCGAGCGUUCUUAACCGCUUACAUAGAUGGCUUUCAUCCAGUGUCCAAUGCCGUGAUUGUGUCUUGACGUAUCUUGGUCAAGGUUCUCCGUUUAUUCCCUCGCCAGAUCGGGCAGUGGAGUCGCCUUCGGAUAGUCAAAUAUGAUGGAGCAGUGACAUGACAUGUCGGGUGGGAGACCAAUUCUUUUCAAGUGUGGAUAACGACCUGUUUGGGACACAUGCCCGAAAUACGAGGAGAAUUGAGUACAGACAGUCACCGAAAUUUUGUCGGUGGAUUUCGUUCUCUUGGACCUGUGCGCGAGGCGCUUAACGGAAUGCAUCGAAGCAUGAUGUGCUACCGCCAUUGUUCUCUGAGAGCCUGUAACGGCGACGGAGGUUUCUGAGUUUGAAUUCACUGGAAGGUUUGAGCGUAACGACUUUUCCAAGGGAGUGAUGGCUCUUUCUAUACCUGACACUGAAGGUCUGUCCGAAGAUAGUGAGCUGAAAGAGUUCAAAGUUUCCCCGGCGAUGCCCCCUGUAGAUGCGUCCAAAUCCCGAUUCCCAUACUGUGUGGUUUGGACUCCGCUGCCAGUCGUCGCUUGGCUUGCUCCAUUUGUUGGCCAUGUAGGAAUUUGCAGAGAAGAUGGUGUAAUACUUGACUUUGCGGGUCCAUUCUUCGUUAAUGUGGACAAUUUCGCUUUCGGUUCUACCGCAAGAUACGUCCGCCUCGAUAUCGAUAAGUGUUGUUUCCCUCCUCAUCUAUCUGGACACACCUGCGAGAAUGGUUUUGCCCAUUCGGAGCUGGGAACUGGUAUAUCGUGGGACGAUGCGUUGCGCAUGGGCAUGCACAACUAUCAGCAUAAAUCUUACAACCUUUUUACAUGCAACUGUCAUUCAUUCACAGCGAGCUGCAUGAAUCGACUCGCUUAUAAAGGUUCUAUCCGAUGGAAUAUUAUAGAUAUUGCAGUGUUGGUGUUACUGAAAGGUCGGUGGGUCAAUUCCGCCGCGAUUCUGAGAUCCUUUGGACCUUUCUUUGUGGUUAUGGCUGUUGGUCUCCUCAUUGCUGGAUGGCCUUUCCUUAUAGGCUGGGCUGCUUUCUCUGGUCUCUUGGUUGCUUGGUUCUUAAUAGCGACGUAUUGCAUGAGUGAUGUUAUUCACUGCUGAACAGUAAUUGACUGGAUUCGGUGGAACCAGUGCAUUGUAUAGGUACUUCCGAGUAGAGGGCUUACUGAAGAGCCCUUUGGAAACAACAUUCUGUCUUGCUAUCUUCACUACUCUCAGUGAAGAAGUACAUUGUAGGUUUAUUGCGUAAAGAUUGAGUGGCGCUUUGUGAUAUUCAGGGCAGUUUCAUGGCUAGUUUUGUUCUCAACACCUUAGUCUCAUCCAGAUACUUAACCAUCUGUCUGGAUGGGAACGGGGUCCAUGUGGAUAACAAAAAAAGGAUGGGAAAGACCCCGUGGAUAUGAGGUUGUCUUCUUCUUUUGAAAUGUAAAGUGUCAGCGCUCCGUCACUACUGGGAAUAUAAAGGACCCAGUGAUGAUACCUUUUGAUACCUUUUUUCCCGGUCGAGGGUUCACGAGUGAAUUUUGUUCUCAAUAGUGUUAAGCAUUUAUAGACCCUGAUUUGCGCUAUGAAAGAUCAAACAUAGACCUGAGGACAUAACUGUGAUCAGGUUGCAUAAACUGAUAAGACCUGAAGGUGAGAAAACUCUGGGUAACGGUUCAAAAUGAAGAAAUACUUACUUUCAAGUAUUCACACUGGGUUCAUUGGUUACUUCUUUUCUAAGUUCAUUAUAUAUAUAUUGUUAUAUAAUUAUUGUAUCCCCUUGAUGGAUACGAUUCCUGAAAAGACCUCAUGGACGAAGGUGUGGAAUCAGAGAUCUAC